AUGGACAGUGUGCUGGACCCUUUCUCCGGACUCGACUCUUUCUCCUCCCCUCCGUACUUCGACGAUGACGACUUCUUCACUGACCAGUCCUCCAGAGAUGGACACCUGGACACUGAUGACUUUUUGGAUGACGACGUCGACUUCCUUACUAAUCAUUUCCAAGAUUAUUACAGCAAAGACAGCAGCAACAGAGCAGCGCCUCACGAUGGAGACUAUGACUACGGCAACUUGUCCUUCUCCUCGUCUUCCUCCACUUUCUCAUAUAGCUGCGCCGACAGCACCCCGGAACUUUCGCCUCAGAUGGUCCACCACGGCGUCCCGUUACUGAAACGGAGGCGGAGGAUGAGAUCCGAGAUGGAGAUGCAGCAGCUGAGGCAGGCGGCCAACGUCAGGGAGCGGCGGAGGAUGCAGUCCAUCAAUGACGCGUUCGAGGGGCUGCGCUCUCACAUCCCCACCUUGCCCUACGAGAAGAGACUGUCCAAGGUGGACACUCUGCGGCUGGCCAUCGGCUACAUCAACUUCCUGGCCGAGCUCGUGCAGUCUGAUCUGCCGAUUAGAAACUCGAACAGCGAGACGCACGCGCAGCCUAAGAAGGUCAUCAUAUGCCACAGAGGAACAAGGUCUCCCUCCCCCAGCGACCCGGACUACGGCCUGCCUCCUCUGGCCGGUCACUCUCUGUCCUGGUCGGAUGAAAAGCAGCUCCGGGAACAGAACGUCAUCCGCACCGCUAAGGUCUGGACACCAGAAGACCCCAGAAAACUGCACAAUAAAGCGGGCUUGACAGACAUUGAAAAUGAGCCUCCCUUCGGCCUGGUGGCCUAA